AUGUCGGCGUUAGCUUUGGAGGAGCUGUCUGCCAUUGCUGCUAUUUACUGUGGGCGAGAGGAAUGCGAGGUGCUGGAAGUGUCAGAAAUAAAGGGAAUCUCAUUCAGGAUCCAGACCAGUGUGAAAGGACCUUCGGGCACAGACAUAUUAUUAAAGUUGUUGUUUCAUUUACCACUCAGUUACCCAUCAAGCUUGCCAAACAUCUCUCUUCAUUCUGAACAACUCACAAGGACACAGUGUCUGGCUGUGAGAGCAAGAUUGCUUGAAGAAGCAGUAAGCCAUUUGUCUCAGCCCAUGGUACAUGAGUUGAUCCUCUGGAUAAAGCAGAAUUUUCAGUCUGUGGUUGAAGAAGCUGAAAUCCCAGCCUGCAGUGGGCAAAGUACUCCGUCAGUGAAAACAGCCGAGGAAGAUGAUGUCUGGACUGCCCUUUUGCAUCUAGACCAUAUGAGAACCAAAGGAAAAUAUAUCAAAACGGUCGAAAAAUGGUGUAGAGAUCUUGAUCUGGCGGGAAGAUUGAUGUUUAUGGGCAAGAUGAUUCUCAUACUUCUUCAAGGAGACAAGCGGGACAUUAAGGAAUACCUUAUGCUCCAAAAAACUAGCAAAGUGGAUGUGGAUUCGAGCGGAAAGAAGUGUAAAGAGAAAAUGAUGUGCGUACUCUUUGAAACAAAAGUACAGGCUGAACACAGAAGGUUUCAGGCAUUUGAAGUCAAAGAAUACUCAACGUUGGAUGAGCUGCAACAUGAAUUUGAGGCCGCAGGACUCGCAAAACUCUUCAGUGAGUUUGUGUCGGCUCAGUUAAAAUAAUUUUGAAGCAAGCCCAAAUGAUUGUGACUUAAACUGUCACUGAAUAUAUCAAAUGAACAGGAUGAUAACACGGAAGGUUUGGUGAUGAACAUGUCCUAAAGGUUUUCUGAAGCAAACUGUCACAAAAAAGCCAUCUACUUGCACAAAGCACGAGGCACUUCUCACAGUAGAACAGAUGUUACUUUGCUGUGUGCCCUGACAGCAUUUUGCUACUAACUGUUGAAAAUUUCAGCAGUUGAUAUUUAAGAACUGUAGGUCAGGUGUGAAGGAAUUGCUGUUGUCC